GACAGCGGCGGCUCGGCACAUUCUCCAGCAGUCAGUCACAGCAGCGGACGGUGAGCAGCGGACGGCCAGUGCUGCGAAUUUACGGAAUAAACAGUGGGCAUUAGAACACGUUUCUGCCGCCGCCGUGCUUCCAGCCUGCUUAGGAAGUGUCAGCAUGUCCAGUGAGGUGCAGCCGAGGCCGGACGACAGCCCCAACACCAGUGGGGGAAGCUCGGAUGCCGAGCAGAGAGAGGCAGCUCCUCCAGAGCAGCCGGGCCCCGAGCAGCGGGACCAGACUCAGCCCAAGAAGAAGGAGGCCAAAAUCUCCAGUAAGACCGCUGCCAAGCUCUCCACCAGCGCCAAGAGAAUCCAGAAAGAGCUGGCAGAGAUAACCUUGGACCCGCCACCAAAUUGCAGCGCCGGUCCUAAAGGAGACAACAUCUAUGAGUGGAGGUCGACCAUCCUGGGCCCUCCAGGCUCCGUGUAUGAGGGGGGAGUGUUCUUCCUGGACAUUGCCUUCACACCAGACUACCCCUUCAAACCACCCAAGGUGACGUUCCGUACGAGGAUCUACCACUGCAACAUCAACAGUCAGGGAGUGAUCUGUCUGGACAUCCUGAAGGACAACUGGAGUCCUGCUCUGACCAUUUCCAAGGUCCUACUGUCCAUCUGCUCCCUGCUCACUGACUGCAACCCUGCUGACCCUCUGGUUGGAAGCAUCGCCACACAGUACCUGACCAACAGAGCCGAGCACGACAGGAUAGCCAAACAGUGGACCAAACGCUACGCUACAUAGACUAGCUCCAGUUCUCCAGGACCCCACCCACCCCACCCAACACACACAGACACAAAUACACACAACACACACACACCUCCCCUCCUCCAAAAUCUAUGGAAGCACACCCGCCCCUGUCAUCCACCCGGCCCCCGCCCCCAAAAUACGAACUGUUAUUUGUUCCAUGCUGACUUGAAAAGCUUCUUUUUUAUACAAAGAGUCUAUUGGGAUUGUAUUUUCCAAUACACUGAAUGUUGAUAUGGUCAUGAAAAGCUUUAAUACUGUUAUUGUUCUUGUCGAUGUUGUUGUUCUUAUCGUUAUUGCAUUGUUUAUAACAUUGUUGCCACCCUCGUCAUCUUCUUUAUCUAAAGGCGUGCGUGUAUUAUUCCUGUUUCAUGUGAUGUAAAAAUGUUCAUACUGAGUGAGUGAUUUUAGUUUUCUUUGAGUUGUUUUUCGGUUCACGGUCAAUAUUAGUGCAUGGCAUCAGGAUAUGUGUUCAUGCAGUGGACAUUUAGUCAAGGUAUUAUUUCUGUCCCAGCAGAGUUGUGGCAUGGAGUGAGCCCAUCAUCAUGUAUGACAAUAGUAGUUAGUUUGCUGUACAUUUAAUGCCUUGUGAGAAUACAUAUUCAUUGAAUACUCAAUUAAACACUGGCUGUAAUGUGA